AUGCGUGACGCUGCCCGGGUAGUGAGCCGCACCUUAGGUAUGCUGGCUGCGGAGAUUAAGCCCGGGGCAGUGCCUACCAGGCUUGAUAAAAUGGCUGAGGAAUAUAUAAGAGAGCAGGGUGCCAUACCGGGUUUUUUAGGUCUGUACGACUGCCCCAGUACUUUACUGAUCUCCCGGAACGAAACGGUGGUUCAUGGUUUACCCAUUGCCAAGCCGUUGGAAGAUGGCGACAUCGUAAGUGUAGAUUGUGGUGCUAUCCUGAAUGGCUAUUACGGAGAUCAUGCCUAUACUUUUGAAGUAGGGGAGGUAGCCGAAGAAACCAAACAACUUUUAAAAGUUACCAAAGAAUGCCUGUACAAGGGCAUUGAGCAAUUACGCACGGGUAAUCGUAUGGGCGACCUUAGCUAUGCUAUCCAAAAGCAUGCAGAAGAUCAUGGUUAUGGUGUAGUGCGUGAGCUGGUAGGACAUGGCUUGGGUAAAAGCAUGCACGAAGAUCCCCAGGUACCGAAUUACGGACGUCAGGGACGCGGAAAGAAAUUCCAGGAAGGUUUGGUCAUUGCCAUUGAGCCUAUGAUCACCAUGGGUACCCACCGCAUCAAACAACUGAGUGACGGCUGGACCAUCAAUACCGUGGAUGGGAAGCCGGCUGCUCACUUUGAACAUGAUGUAGCCAUUGUGGAUGGUAAGCCGGACAUCCUUUCUACCUUCGAUUAUAUUUAUGAAGCUUUAGGUAUUACUGAAACGGUAUGA